UCGGUGGAAAACAUGUGGUGCUUUGGAUAGUGCCGGAAUUUUCCAUAAAACGUAUUUUAAGUGAAAAUUACCCAUCAAAUUACCGUACAUUAUGGGUUUGGAAACCAUUCACCGCCCGGGGGCAUUGAAGCAAACGAAUAAAUCUCACAAACAUGGCAAACACUCUUCGAAGCGUACGAUGGACCGCUUGGCGAAAGGUAAGGUCAACUUGAAGACGAUUACGCGACGACCGAACCGCCAACAAUCGCGCGAUGAACGGCGGCAGCAGGCGAACGAUAUUCGCCGAAACAAACGCCAGGAGGCUAUCGCGUUGAAGCGGGCCCUCGGUGGAGCCCUGACGGCUCCAUUUUUGACCUGCGUUCUCCCCCUGAACGAUAUGAUCGAUCCGAACUCGGCACUGGCUAUCAUUGAGGGUUGCGAUCCGGAGGCAUCGAUUACGAAGGUUUCCGAUCGCAUACAUUACAUGAAUGUACCUCGAUUUCGUCAACGGUUUGCCUUUGUCGUCCCGCAGACGGGUCAUGGCCACGAGCUGAAUGUUCUCGAUGCACUGAAAGUAUGCGACUCGGUCGUACUGGUUCUGUCCGCUGUUGCCGCCGGCGACGGGGAGGAAGUGAUCGAUAAAGCAGGCACAAAGAUCCUCAACAUGGCCCUUACCCAGGGCUUGCCGACGCCGAUGGUGUGUCUGAUGGACGUUGAGUCGAUUGCACCGAAAAAGCGGACCCAAGUAAAAGCCAACAUACAAAAGGCACUUUCUAACCUGAUCCCCGACGAAAAGCUGAUGCAGCUGGACACGGAGACCGAUGGGUUGAACCUGCUGCGUCGUAUCGGCGGCCAGAAGCGUAAGGUGCAACACAAUCGAGCCAAUCGCCCGCAUCUGCUGGGAGAGAAGGCCGAAUUCGUGGCCAGUGAUUCGGUCGUUGAAGGAAACAGCCAGCCGUUGGGUACGCUCAAGAUAACCGGAUUUCUGCGUGGCGUCGCCCUGUCCGUCAACCAGUUGGUGUAUAUUCCGGGCUUGGGAGACUUUCAGCUCGAAGCGAUCGCAACCCAUACGACCGAUCCGUAUCGCAUGCAAAAGUCGGGCAAUGUUGAAAUGGCAGACGAAACGCAGGGACGCUUGCUGAUUGCCGAUCCGGAGCGCCAGACAAGUUUGCAGCGUGAAAACAUUCCGGAUUUGAUGGACGCCGAACAGACGUGGCCGACGGAGGAAGAGAUCGAAGCUUCGCGUCAAGAGACGAAGAAAAAGUUAGUGAAACGUAUCCCGAAGGGAAUGAGUGAAUAUCAGGCAGCCUGGAUUCCGGACAUCGAAGAGGUGGACGAAAACGACGACGACGACGAUGAGGACGAUGAUGAUGAUGAAAACUACAUGUCCUGCGAAUCGGACUCGGAAAGCAAGGUAGGUGAGAAGGAUAAGGAAGACGAAGAAGACGAUGAUCAAGAGUACGAGGAGGUGAGCGUCUCGGAGGGCGGUCCGGCCAACGCGGAGCGCUACGACAAGGAGAUGGACAUGGAGGAGGAGCGUAGCACGCUGGCCAAAAUGCAGGCCGCAAAGGAUGAUGAAAUUUUCCCCGAUGAAAUCGACACCCCGUCGAAUGCUCCGGCACGUGAGCGCUUCCACAAGUACCGCGGGCUGGAAUCGUUCCGGACGUCCCCGUGGGAUGUGAAGGAAAACCUUCCGUUCGAUUACGCCCGCGUGUUUCAAUUUAAAAACUUCGAUCGUACCAAACGGCGUAUUGUUCGGGAGGCGCAGGAACGGGACGAGGGUGAUGAUAUCGUUAUGCCCGGAUGGUACGUCCAGCUGCACGUCAAAAACGUCCCCCAGGAGCUGUGGUCCGUCUAUGCGUCCCGUGGCGGGCUCGAGCGGUUGAUUGUGUACGGUAUGCUACCGCACGAACAUCAAAUGUCGGUAAUGAAUGUGUGCCUCAAGCGCACCCCGAACUCCACCAUCCCGAUCAAGGCGAAGGAAACGCUAAUCGUCCAGUGUGGUUACCGUCGGUAUGCGGUAAAUCCCAUCUUCAGCCAGCACACCAAUGGCGAUAAGCACAAGUAUGAGCGAUUCUUCCGCCCGGGCAUGACGGUGGUGGCGAGCUUCUUUGCCCCGAUUCAAUUCCCACCGGCGCCCGUCAUAUGCUUCCGCGAAAAUCCCGACAGCUCACUGUCGAUGGUUGCUUCGGGCAGUGUGCUUACCUGCAACCCGGAUCGUGUCGUUCUGAAACGCGCCGUGCUCAGCGGCCAUCCGUACAAGAUUAACCGUAAAUCGGCCAUCAUUCGCUUCAUGUUCUUUAACCCGGAGGACAUUGCCUACUUCAAGCCGUGCAAGCUGCGCACGAAAUUGGGCCGCGUCGGUCACAUCAAGGAAUCGCUCGGUACGCACGGUCAUAUGAAGUGCGCCUUCGACAGUCAGCUGAAAUCGCACGAUACGGUGUUGUUGUACCUGUACAAGCGUGUCUUUCCCAAGUGGAAUUACGAAGAUUGCGUCGUUGGCUAUCCCCGUGGCGAGAAGGAGCGACCGAACGGCGAAAGAAGUGUGAAGUUUAACACGAACGUGGAAAUGAUGCAGGAGUAAAGAUGUGGUGAUCAUACGAUAAAAUAUUGUUUGAAAAGCGCAAUAAAAACCUAUAACAGUGAACCAUGUCCUAAGGAGGGGAGAUG